UCGUCCGCGUUAAUGCACACAUCUGCCGGUCUUACCUAGUGGCGGCUCGCCCGGUGAUUCCAUCGUGCAAAUCGUCAAUCAGAUGGACAUUACACCUAUGAGCUGUCUCUCUGAGAGCUUCCUGCUGGGAGCUUCAAUUCUAUUGUCAAUCUAGCCUGGCGGCUGGAUCUCCCCAGACUUCCACGCGGCUUGUUUUCAUACUUUAUCUUCAUCUCGACUCUGCCGGGUUGGCGCCUGCAUUAUAUCCUCAUGCAUCCGGACCUCUUCAGUAAAAUGAACGACGAUUGGCCAAGGACUGAUAUCAAGGCACUGUCAGUCACUCCGUUGCCAUGGCAUGACGGACUAUGCGCGCGGGGUCUGUGACUAGCACCGUGCUCAGGCUCGCAGGGGCCUCCCCUCUACCCCUCUGUGGGCAAGAGUGCUCGACCCUCUGGAGUCGUGGCCCUGGUAGAGUAUGCGCAUCCCCGCUCUUCUUGCAGGCUGGCCUAUGUUGGUGGGUCUAUCAUGAUAUCCAAUGUUUAUCACACCAUGCUGCAGAGAAGGUAAACAUUGAGACACCCGUUUGCACAGGAAGUGUCGCAUUGGAGAUCAAAAAGUUGACAAUUAUCUUCAUUAUUUACCUCGGUAGCCAUGAGGAAGGACUGGUGUGCUCGUACCGUUAUGUCCCAUUGGCUACUCAUCAACCCUGGUUGGGAAUUCUCUCACACCGUCUUGUUUUUCGGUGCUACAACCAACCAACCUUUCCACUCGGUGUUGGAUGCAAGCCCACACCUGAAGCAUGCAGCUCGACCUUUGACUGCUUGCCAUGUCACCCUGGCAUUCAAUAAUGAUGGAUCAAAAGCUAACGGAUGGUUCGAGACCGGACCUUGUUGAGUGUGAGGAUAAAAACGCUCACCGUUCCAUUCGGAUGUAUGACAGCCAGGAUAUAGCUUC